CCAAAGCAAAGCAAAAUAAAAACAAAAUCUGAUAAAGGAAAUGAUUUUACACUAUUUUUGGAAGGAUUUGUGGCAGACCAAAACUUGAUCUUCUGCUCCCAUCAAAAAAAAAAAGAAAAAAAAAAGAAAAAAAAAUUGAUCUUCUGCUACUUCUUACACCUUAUGAUCUAAAACGACAAAAUCCCUUUCUUCUUGCAUAACAAAUCAUAAUUUCAUUUAAAGUUCAUGUUCAUCCCUUUCUUUCACAACAACAUAGAGUAAAUUUUAAUAAGUUUUCUUUUUUCUUUUUAUUUCAAUUUCAACUAAACCUCGAGAAAAAGAAUCUCUGAUGUGAGGUUAAGUUAUACUUCUUCUAUAUACAUAUUUAUCCCUCAAAGAUCAAAAUUUUAGAAGAUCAUUCAUUCAAAGUUGAAAUCUUUUUCCAUAAAGAGGUAGACGGAAGUUUCAAAGGAGAGAGAGAGAGAGAGAGAGAGAGAGAGAGAGAGAGAGUUGUUGAAAGAAAAAAAUGGCGGUGGUUGAAAACACUGUGAAAGUUGAUAUGGGUUCUGAAAAUGGGUCAUUGAAUUGGAGCUCCGAAAUGAAAAGGGUUGAAGAAGAUGAACAAAAGGUGAAAGUAUCCAACAAAGAUAAUGAGAAUCAUAACAGAGAAAUGAGGGAAUUAGAAGAAAUGUUGUCUAAACUUAAUCCAAGUGCUAAAGAGUUUGUUCCUCAUACCCUUUUAACUAACCCAAAUCCUCAAUUCCAUGGACCUUUUGUACCCAACCUUUUUCCUGUUCCUAUGGAUGAUCCUUCUCCUCCUUUCACAAUUUUUGGUAAUCAUCAGAUUCCCAAUCAAUUUCUGAGGAAGAAGAAGGGUAACUAUAGUCAAGGGAAGAGAAGGAAUGGUAGAACUGGUAUGGCUCAAAGGGACGAGGUUAUUAGGAGAACUGUUUAUGUUUCUGAUAUUGAUCAACAGGUGACUGAGGAGCAGCUGGCAUCUCUUUUCUUAAAUUAUGGCCAGGUGGUUGACUGUCGAAUUUGCGGUGAUCCAAAUUCCGUGCUACGUUUUGCUUUUGUUGAGUUUACUGACGAGGAAGGUGCAUUGGCCGCUUUGAAUCUGUCUGGAACAAUGCUUGGGUUCUAUCCUAUCAAAGUUCUUCCUUCUAAAACCGCCAUAGCUCCUGUAAACCCCAAUUUUCUGCCUCAGAAUGACGAUGAACGAGAAAUGUGUGCUAGAACUGUUUACUGUGCAAACAUUGAUAAGAAGGUUUCUCAUGCUGAAAUCAAAAUGUUUUUUGAAUCUGUAUGUGGAGAGGUUCAGCAACUGAGGAUGCUUGGAGAUAAUCAUCAUUCUACUCGUAUUGCCUUUGUCGAGUUUGUGAUGGCUGAAAGUGCUAUUGCUGCUCUUAAUUGCAGUGGUAUGCUAUUGGGAUCUACAGCAAUAAGAGUGAGCCCAUCGAAGACACCAGUUCGCCCUCGUUUUGCUCGUAAACAUAUGCACUGAUUAACGAAAAGAAGGAAUCCUUUUUUUUUUUUUUUUUUUUGUAAAUUUUGGACAUACAUGAUGGCUAAUGUAAAGUUGCUAUUACUCUCAACUUCUGGUAUUUCUAUCAUUCUCAUUCGAAAGUAUAUCAUUUCGUUCUGGGUAAAACGUAUGGCACGUAGAGUCGGAUGAACUUUGAGGAGCUAAACAUGUUAUCUAUCGUGCGCAACACAAUGAAGGUGCAUUUGUUUUUGACCUGACACUACUAUUUAUUUCUAAGUCUUGUAUACCCUUUGCAUUUUAUUGUCUUUUUUUAUGCACCAUCCAUUUUUCAUGGUAUGCCAGAGGUUCCAUCUCCUUUCGUUGUGUUUCUCACAUUUUGACCAAAACUGUGGGAGCUUUUCGAUGAAAUUGUAACAAAUAAAUUGAAAUAGAGGGAAUAAUAUAAUACGUAAAUGCCAACGAUGCUUAUUUGAAGAACGUCUUCGUUUCAGAUUAUAAUAGAAUAUACUAAUGGUUUAUUGUAUCAUGCCCACUUUUUAU